GCUCGCCUGCUUCCAGCCGUCGCCGCUGUCAAGGCCAUGGCGACCUGCUUUUGGCUGCGGAGGUCCAUGGCCCCGCGCCUCCGGCCACAGCCUCUGGGCGGCCUCCUCUGUCCCAGCGCCGGCAGCCUGGGGCCCGCCUCGAGGCCCGCGCCCAGCCUGGCUCAGCUCCGCCGCUACGCCGGGGGCCUGGCGGGCCUCUCUGCGGCGCUGCUGCGCACCGACAGCUUCGUGGGCGGCCACUGGCUCCCGGCCGCCGCCACCUUCCCGGUGCACGACCCGGCCAACGGCGCCGUGCUGGGCAUGGUGGCCGACUGCGGGGUGCCCGAGGCCCGAUCCGCCGUGCGCGCCGCCUAUGAGGCUUUCAGCAGCUGGAGGGCGGUCUCGGCCAAGGAAAGGAGUUCAUUACUGAGGAAAUGGUAUGAUUUAAUGAUACAAAAUAAGGAUGACCUUGCCAAGAUAAUCACAGCUGAAAAUGGGAAGCCACUGAAGGAAGCACAGGGAGAAGUUCUCUAUUCCGCCCUUUUCCUCGAGUGGUUUUCAGAGGAAGCCCGCCGCAUUUACGGAGACAUUAUCUAUACCUCAGCAAAGGACAAGCGCGCCCUGGUUCUCAAGCAGCCCAUAGGUGUGGUGGCAGUCAUCACCCCGUGGAAUUUCCCCAGCGCCAUGAUCACCCGGAAAGUGGGGGCUGCCCUGGCAGCAGGCUGCACUGUGGUGGUGAAACCUGCUGAAGACACGCCCUUCUCUGCCCUGGCCCUGGCUGAGCUUGCAAACCAGGCGGGAAUUCCUCCAGGUGUGUACAAUGUUAUUCCCUGCUCUCGAAAGAAGACCAAGGAAGUGGGAGAAGCACUUUGUACUGACCCUCUGGUGCCCAAAAUUUCCUUUACUGGCUCAACAGCUACAGGAAAGAUCCUGUUGCACCAUGCGGCAAACUCCGUGAAAAAGGUCUCCAUGGAGCUGGGUGGUCUUGCUCCGUUCAUAGUAUUUGACAGUGCCAAUGUGGACCAGGCUGUAGCAGGGGCCCUGGCGUCUAAAUUUAGGAACUCUGGGCAGACAUGUGUUUGCGCAAACCGAUUCUUGGUGCAAAGGGGUAUCCAUGAUUCCUUUGUCAAAAAAUUUGCUGAGGCAAUGAAGAAGACCCUGCAUGUAGGGAAUGGAUUUGAGGAGGGAACUACUCAGGGCCCGUUAAUUAAUGAGAAGGCAGUAGAAAAGGUGGAGAAACAUGUGAGUGAUGCAGUCUCCAAAGGGGCCACCCUCGUGACAGGCGGGAAGCGACACCAGCUUGGAAAAAAUUUCUUCGAGCCCACCUUGCUCAGCAAUGUCUCCCAGGACAUGCUGUGCUCUCACGAAGAAACUUUUGGGCCUCUGGCACCAGUGAUCAAGUUCAAUACAGAGGAGGAGGCCGUCACCAUUGCUAAUGCAACUGACGUUGGGUUAGCAGGUUAUUUUUACUCUCAAGACCCAGCCCAGAUCUGGAGAGUAGCAGAGCAGCUGGAAGUUGGUAUGGUCGGCGUAAAUGAAGGACUGAUUUCCUCGGUGGAGUGCCCUUUUGGUGGAGUGAAGCAGUCUGGCCUUGGGCGAGAGGGGUCCAAGUAUGGCAUCGAUGAGUACCUGGAACUCAAAACAGGCCAUGUGAGCACACAGAGAGGAUCCAGGAAGAAGGCCCUCACCAAGACCUGAGUCAACUGUCAUGUGGAUCUUGUAUUUUCCAGUCUCCAGAACUGUGAGAAAUAAAUGUCUGUUUAAAAAAAAAGAGAGAAGAGUUGCUAAUAGAGUGAGUUAAACAGCUUGGAAAGAUGGGAACUUCUUAAUCAAGACAUGUAUUAGGGACACAAUUUUUAUGAAACUUUAGAUUCAAGUUAAUCUGUAGUGAUUGCCAGGGGAAGGAGAGAUUAAAAAGUAUCACUAGGAAACUUUAUGCAUGGCAUACCUACUUAUUAGUUUGACU